AUGGCCCUCCUGAAUACCACAGAGACGCCCUGGAACAACACGGUGACAGGGGCAUCAUGGGUGGAGGCUAGUUUGCUUCCAAGUAUCUUCCUUGGCGCUUGCUUCCUGGUUGGAAUGCCUGGGAAUGGUCUUGUGAUCUGGACGAUUCUUACCAAGUUCCCACAGCGCUCUUUCACUAUUGUACUCAUCUUGAACUUGGCGAUGGCUGACUUAAUGGUCAUGUUGACAGCACCAUUCUGGAUUUACUAUUUCGUCAACAGCUGGGUUUUUGGAGAUGCCAUGUGUCGACUGCUCAUCUAUCUUGUCUACUUAACCGUGUAUGCCAGCGUUUUCUUCAUCACCCUGAUGAGCCUCCACCGCUUUGCUGUUGUGGUCCUUCCGUUCGCCUCCCAAAGGUGGCGGAGGCCAUGUGUGAUACACAGGACAUUGCUGACAGUUUGGAUACUGGCAAGUGUCUUUGCAUGCCCGACUCUGAUAUCUGCAUCAAGCCAGAAUGUGGAAGGAGAGUGUACAGAUGAAAUAUAUUACUCUGACGAGCACCGCCUUGCAGUUAACAUUCUGGAGACUUUGUUUGCCUUUGUGAUCCCAUUUGCUGUGUUGUCCGUCUGCUAUUCCUGUGUGGUGAGAAGGAUCCGGACUCUGAAACACCACAAAGAAAUGAAGACUGGGAAGCUGGUUGCUGCUGUGGUCGGGGCCUUCUUUGUGUGCUGGCUCCCCUACCACAUCUUAAAUCUCAUCAUAAUCUCUGCACUGUUGCUGAAAUAUGCCCAACCAGAGAAAGCAAAGGCCUUGCUAGAGACAACUGAAGCUUUGACAAACUUUCAUGGUUCUGUAGCCUUUUUAAGCAGCUGCCUGAACCCCAUCCUCUAUGCCUUUGCAGCCCGGAGCUUCCGUGGGGGGCUACGGGAGACCAAUUUUGCCAAGUUAUUUGGCAAAAUGCAACAAGACACAGAGGAAAAAUCUACUAGAGACGCUACCGUUUCACUGCAAGCUUUGUAACACCAGGAGAGUAGGGGGUAACUUUAGAAUAAAAUCUUCCUCCUCUAACAUAAGCAUCUUCUGCAUAUAUAAAUAAUCAAAGGAAGGACUUCAAAAGUGCUAAGGUGGAAUAAUGGGGGCAUCUAGCAAUCUGAGGGAAAUACACACACACACACACACACACACAGAGAGAGAGACUCAUCCAUGGUUCAUUAUAAACUUUCCAGUGAGAACUGUUUACAUCUAUCCCAGCCAAGCAACCUUCCUGUUUGUGUU